AUCAGUCUAUCUCUGAUCGCCCAAUGAUUAAAUUUAAAUAUUUUUAAGUACGAAGAGUUUUUUAUCUUAAAAGCAAACAACAUUUUGAAAACGUUCAAAUUGAAAUUGAAUUUUAUUUUUUCACUAAAAAAGGAAAACCAAAAAAGAGGAAUGAAAAUUUCUGCACAAAAAUCUAUACAUAUAUGCAAAAUUUUAAGAAAAAAUAAAACAGCAACGAAACGAAUUACGUCAAUUUAAAAAGAUAUAUUUUCAACUACAACAAAAAUAUAUACACACAAUUCUAUACACAUACAAUAAUUCAUACAUACUUAUCGAGAAAAGUUAUAAGUAGAUACAAAAAAAAUUAAAUAAAAAUUGUUUGCAAAAGAACAGAAACAGUGGAGAUACAAUAGUACUAAACGAUAUAAAAAACCGCCUACAUACACAUCAAUACAAGAGAACGAUCGACACACGUUUUUUUAUUUUUUUUUUCAAAAAAAAGAGGCGUAAUUGCUGUUACUCUUAAGACAAUUGAACUGUUUAAAAAGAGCACGCUUGAAAGAGAAUUCAAUGAAAUUUGAAAUAAAAAAAAAACUUUUUUAUCGAACGAAACAAAAUAAAACAAAUUUUAUUUAACAAUUUGCAGAGCGAUCAUACGAACGAAUUAUACAGCCUUAAGAAGAAACAAGUUAAAAAACCCUAAAAAGAAAAUCAAUAAGAAGGAAAAACAAAACAAAAAUUAACAACAACAAGCACAAAAUAAAAUUAAAACGUCAAGAUUUGUAUGCGAUUUUCACCGCAACAACUAACAACAACACAAACAGCAAGCAACGUCACUCUAUUAAAAAAAAGAAACAACUAUAAAAAACACAAUUUUUUUAUUAUUUGAGGUUUUAUGCUGAAAAUCCAUCGACAUUUAUAAAUAUUAAAUAAACCGCUACACUCACUUCACAUCACAACAAUAGCAACAACAACAGCAGCAGCAAAAUAAUAGAAAUUGCAUCACUAAAUUGUGAGUAAAUAGCAAAAAAAAACCAACAACUUUAAAUAAAAAAGAGAGAAAUACGAAAAAUAAGAUUAAUCGCCUAGACAGCUGCCGGCACUUAUUUAUUAUUUAAUAUUUUUCUUAUCCAUUUAUUAUUGUUUAUUUAUUUCGUGGUGUUGGACAUUUUUGUUUAAACGAAAUUCUUAAAAAAAUAACUCAAAUAAAUACGAAUAAUUUUCAACGAUCUAAGAAUAAAAAAUAAAAAUUAAUUCUUAAAAAAAUAAUAAUAAAGUUUAAACAACUAAAUACGAAUUAAAAGGAAUUCAAUUAAUUAUUGCAAAAAAAUAAAUUAAUAUUCUACGAUUGUAUGAAGAAAACCCUUUUAUGUUGAAUCAAAACAAAAUUUUUUAAAAAAAAAACACACAAUCACAAAUAAAGAAAACUACAACAAAUAAGCAACAACAACAUACACACUAACCUGACAACGACUACAACGAAAACAUAAAACAAAAACCAACCAAAAGGUGCGAGAAAGAGGGAGAGAGCGACAUCGAGAGCUAAAACGACAAAAGAAAAAAAUAUAUUCAAAUAUUCUUAUUUAAAGCGGAAGAAUCGCAAGAAGGCAAACAUCACAAAUCCUAACGAAAAAGGAUUAUCAUCUACAAAAUACUCUUCGAAAACAAAUACGAUAACUUAAUAAAGAAUACCACUAAAAUUAAAACAAAUUAAAUAAGAUAUUAAUAAAAUUAAACAUAAACAUAUACUGUGUAUAUAAACAACAAACAAAAACGAAAAAAAAACAAGAAAUAUAAACAAAAAAGAAUAAUUAGAACUAUAUGUUUUUAGUUUUGUAAUUAAACAUUGAAUGUGAUAUUUGAAAUUAUUAAUUUACACAAACAACAAAUACUACUUAUUAUACAGCUGAAUAGAAAAAGAGGACAAUUUUGAAAAAUAAAAACAUUUUAGCAUCACUUUUUCAUUUAAUUUACACCAAAGAAUUAUAAAUCUAAGAAAUUUUUGGUAAAAAAAAAAUACAAACAAACAUAUAAAAACUAGAAUUUCAAAAGAUAAAAUAUAGAAAAUAAAUUUUAAAAAAUGGCUGACAAAGUAGAACAAUCCCAACAAAUGAACAACAAUCAAAAUGAUGUUAGAAAAAUUCGCAAAUCUCCAGAAUUUCAAACACAACAGGUUAUUGUACCCGCCAGCAUAACGAGAGAAAGAAGUUUUGUGCGCACUUCAAACCAUCAGAAUAUCAACAAAAGACGCAGCUUGGCCUUUAAUCUACAGACCGGUGGUAACACUCAGACUGUACAAAUGCGUGGCAAGCCAACAAUGGACAUUUAUAGACCUCCAAAAUUAAACUACAAUAUACAACAUUCUUCCAGUUCGUCCAUGGUUUUCCCGGUCAAUUCGCCCACCGGAUUACAGCCACAAAUGCAAUAUGUGUCAAAUAAUGCCAUGAUGAAUCGGCGACAGGCCGGACUCUCUUUGGGUAGCAUGCCAUUGGGUAAUAUGAAUCAUAAUAAACAGCAUCAUAUGACGGGUGGACAUCGUCCCAUACUCGUGACACACUCACAUCCCAUGCAAAUGGGACACAUGACACAUGGUGUCUCACAGCAGGUGCCAUUGAUAAAUUCACCAUCAAGUGGAAAUAUUUUACAUCAAGCUGCCACAACAAACCGUGUUAAAUUUGCACCUGAACCCCAAAAACAUCACCACAAUAAGGGCCAAAUGAAUAUGGUGCAGAUGAACAACAAUUUGAAUCAAAACUAUCAGCAGCACCAACAAAUGAACGUCAUGAAUCCCUAUAUUAUGGCGAACAAUCAAAUGGGAAAUGGACCUAUGGAUCCGUAUAUGAAUAUAACGCCAUUACAGCGAUCAAAAUCACUGUCAUCUGCUGAUGCUUUGACACGUGGUAUUGCGGGUCUAGGUUUGGGUCUGGGCAAUGAAGUCACCGAUAUUGGACAAUUUACACCUGAAAUACAAUCUCUUAUUGAUACUGCUCUCGAAGAUCCCAAUAAAUUGAAUUCUCGUUGCCUAAUGGAAUUGACCUCACAUUUUAUUAAACGUGCUGUAGAGGGUCGUCGUUAUGCUUUGCCGAUAUCGAGACUUUGCCUGAAUAUUAUUGGCAAAGAGCAAAAGGAGACAUUUUUGGAAGCAUUGUUGAACACGUGUCGUCAGUGGUAUCAAGAGCGAGAAAAGCUUCUAUUCACAAUCCAGGGAAUGAAAUCACCAUCUAGAGCUCGUUUUACCGCUUUCAUGGCAUUUCUCACCGAAAUGUUUUGUCAAUUAAAGCGGCGUCAAUUACAAUUGCGCACUCAAUGCGAGGGAGCACCUCCACCACUGGUUCUACUAACACUUUUGUCGAAAUGUUGUGAAGACUGUGUUAAACCACCAGUCAGAUCCUUAUCUGAGAUUGAAUGUCUCUUCUAUGUAUUGACCUGUAUUGGUCAAGAUCUGGAAAUGCAAUUGCCACAACAGUUAGAAUUACUUUUGUCUAUGAUACGGGAUGCCUUUUUGAAUGCCGGCGACUCGGCACCCGCCAUACGUCGUACUCUAUUGCAGCUCAUUGAAUUGCAGGCAUCACAUUGGCAGUUACCAGGCAACACGGUGCUCUACUAUUAUCCCUCGAACAAAUAAGCUAACAGAUCAGAUCAUUGUUCCAUUUGUUUGAUUAGAAAUUGGAACUGUCGCGAUCUUUUGAAAAGUUAAACUUUUAUUUUUGUUUGUUACAUAAAAUUACCUAAAAAUAUAAAACAUAGAUACAUAAAUACACAUACAUUAAUACAUACAUAUAUUGCAUUUAUAAAAGAUGCAAAUGUUUUGUUGGAGCAAUGAUCCCUCAUAGAAAUCCUACAGUACAUUAUACAUUAAGUUAAGUUCUUUUUUUUAUUUAAUAUUAUUUCUACUAACAAUAAUAAACAAAUGUUUUUGAUCAUGAUCAUGCUAUCUCUAUUCUUAAAUACUAUUUUAUUAUAACUAUUCGUAUUUUAAUAUAAUUUUAUUUAUAUCUGUAGUAUCUAAUUAUUUAUAAUACAUCUACAAUAUAGUAUAUAUUUAUACAAUUCAUACACAAUACAUACUUAUACAAAAACAAGAAAUAUACAUACAUAUACAUAGUAUGUAAAGUAUAUAAAGUACAUUAGAGAACGUUAGAUGUAAAUAAUGAAAUAUGUAUUUACAUCGACCAUGAAUGUUUACAGCAAUCCGUUCUCUAAUGUAUAGAAUUUUAAGAAGCAUUUUUGAGCUCAAAAAUACUUUUUCCUCACAAGAUAUUAUUAAACGAAGAAACUAUAACAUCACAAACAACAACAAAAUUAACUACUAAUCCCAAAUUUAUUAAUAUCUAAUACUAGUCAAAAAAAAAUAAUAAAAAAAAAAAUAUUUUUUAAAAAUAAAAGAUUUUCAAUGAAA